AUGAAAAUCGAUGUUUUCUCUCUAUUUUUGUCCAUCACCAACACGGCUCUCUCCCCGUCUUUCUCACUGUCUCCCUCCCUCAGACUAGUUUCCAUUUCUUUCUUUUUCUUUUCCUUUUUUUUCUUUCUAUUCUAUACCCUCUUUUUUUCUCUUUCUUGCAUUCUAUUACUUCUUUCUCUUUUUUCCUUUUCUACCAUUAAUUUCUUUUUCUCUGUCUUUCUCUCCCUCUCUUUCCCUCUCCCACUUUCUCGCUCUUUCACUCUCUCUCUUAUUUUCUUCGUUUUUUACAUUCUCUUCCUUCAUUUAUUUCUUUCGCUUCCUUUUUUCUUUGCGUUGAUUGCUUCUCACUCUUUCAUUUAUUUCUCUAUUACUCUCUCUCUCUCUUUCUCUCUCUCUCUCUUUGAGUCUGUUUUACUCAAUUAUAUUAUUUAUUUCCUUUUUCUAUUUCUUCUUUCUUUUUCAACAUUGUACUUUUACUAUUUCUCUCUCUCUUUCUCUCUCCACUCUUGA